CUUUCAUCUUGCCAGUCGGCCUUCCUGCUUCUUCGAGAGCGGUUCGAAUGUUAUCCUUAAACGGCCGUCAUCAUGCUAUUCCACAUGGGCUGGAGAGUGAUUCUGUUGAUUGCGUUAGCGCUACAGGUGGUGCCCUCAAACUCUGAGGACCCUGCGCCCUCGCUCUUCGAAGGAAUUGGAAAUGUUGCUACUAGUGCUACAAAUUUCCUGACAGGGAUCAUGCAACGACAGAAAGAAGCGAUACACCGCGUGACGGAAUCAGCCUCAAACCUCAUCUCCAGCGCGGUGGAGAAGCCAAGGAAUCUGCUGAUCAACGCGACUCGGGUCACCACCGGCUACAUCGACAGCGCAGCUUCCAAAGGUCUGGAGUUCAAGCUGAGACGAAUCGUCGAGAAGUUUCGAGCCAGGAUGCCAUACGGAAUACCGGAACUAGGUGUACCGCCAUUAGAGCCGUUGGAGCUCGACGAGGUGCAAAUUAACAUCAACAAUCCAGAAUUCGGGACGAUGUCUCUGAUGAUCGAGGAUUUGAUCGUGCAUAAUCUGUCCACCUUCGUGACCAACAAAGCGAAAUUGUCGUUGCUUGGACCCACUAUUACUUUGAACUUCACUGUACCAAAAAUCUAUGCGGAAGGAUAUUAUAACAUAUCUGGAAUCCUGGGCGGCAUGGUCCAUCUUCGUGGAGCUGGUUCCUUCAAAGCAGACAUCUACAACUUCAUGUUGUACGUGAACACCGUGUUAGGCUACUCCAAAGGUGCCUAUUUGAAGACGUUUGACUUAGACUUUUGGUUGACGUCCAUGCACGUGAAUUUGGAGAAUUUCAUGGGCGACAAGGAGCUGGCUGAGGUGAUGAGCAAGGUAUUCCAAGAUCUCACGCCGAAGGUAGUGGACAUUAUUAAACCAGACGUGCUUCCGGGUAUACGGGAUGACAUAGGAGGCAGAAUUAACGAGACUAUUCAUCAUCUCACCAUAAAGGAUGUAAUUACUGUCCUCGUUGGACACAACGAUAUUCGAGACUUGACUGGCUUGGUGCCUUAAAAACCACAAUGAUAUUUGCUAAGUGAAAAUUUAGAUUUAGAUCUUCAUUAGACGAAAUAAAACCCUUCUGGCGAACGAGCAAAUUGUUACGACUGUACCCGAAAGGAAAGCAAUUUAUUUCACCAGAGAAAUAAAUAUUCUUUUCAAAUUAUGCCUUGUAAUAGAAAAUUCUGAACACGGACGAUGUGUAUUUUAAUCAACUGAAGCUCUCUAACUUGUUAAAUUUUAUAAAAAGUUCAAAAAUA